AUGGCUACCAACAUGGUGGCGCACAAGCUCCACUCACCCAAAUUUCCGACCGUCGAUGCUAAUAAAUCUUCUGUUUCAGCUUCGGUCAAGAAGACGAGUCAAUUGAAGGUUUUGGCUUCGGUUGCGACGGCGGAGAAGCCCUCGACAGUACCCGCGAUCAUCCUGCAGCCCAUCAAAGAAACCUCCAGCAUCGCUAAGUUGCCGGGCUCUAAGUCACUUUCCAACCGCAUUUUGCUUCUAUCUGCUCUGUCUGAGGGAACAACGAUUGUUGAUAACUUACUAAGCAGUGAUGAUAUUCAUUAUAUGCUUGGUGCCCUGAGGACUCUUGGACUUCAUGUGGAGGAAGACAAAGCCAACAAACGGGCAAUUGUGGGAGGGUAUAGUGGUCUUUUUCCAGUCGGUAAGAAAACCGAGCAAGAAAUUCACCUUUUCAAAGGAAAUGCAGGAACAGCUAUGCGUCCAUUGACUGCUGCACUUGUUGCCGCUGGUGGGAACUCGACAUAUGCGCUUGACGGGGUUUCUCGAAUGUGA